AUGCUCAACAUGAUGCUUGAGCUAGCCGGAUAUCCUGAAAGCUCAGCGACAAUUCACUCGGAAUUCUUCCGUGAGUCGGUUGCCCCCUCUUUGGGUCAACACCCAAAGGGCACCGGAGAGCCGGCACACUGGAAAAGCUUCAUGACAGACGAUCAUACUCCCGUUGAGCUGAGCUGGUGCUGGUCAACUGCUCUUGAUACUCCCAAGGUUCGAUACUCGGUUGAGCCUAUAGGGAGGUGGGCUGGUCAGCCAGCCGAUCCCACCAAUACCCUUGCUAGCCUACGGUUGUUUGGCGACGCUCUUCAACUUUCGCCAGAGAUGGAUCUUUAUCUCCACCGACAUUUUGAACAGUCUCUAACGUCUCCAAAAUCAUGCAGUGAAGAAGAUUUUGCUCAAAAUCCUCAGUCGCAAAGCUUCAUGGCCUUUGAUCUCCUGGAAAAGACUAUUGUUGUCAAACAAUACUACCUGCCUGCUUGGAGGGCGUUGGCAGAGAAGAAAACGAAUUUCGCUGUUGUCGAGGAAGCCAUUAUAAAUGUCCCGACACUAGGAAACUCCUUGUUGAGCUCGUUUAGUGUGUUCACGAACUACAUUGAAUCAUUCCCGGAAGAAAAGCGCCCAGUGGUGGAAAUCGCAGCUAUUGACUGCCUAGACCCUUUGAAGUCUCGGAUCAAGGUUUAUGUUCGAUCACGCUCAACAACCCUACAAAGCGUGCUUGAUAUUUUAACGAUAGGGAACAAAGCACCCAAGAGCUCUGAUGAGGAGCAAUCGUUACGGGAAUUGUGGCACUCGGUGUUUGGCUUAGAUCAAGAGCAGAGUGAUGAAACACCUCUUUCGCAAAAGGAUCAUCGAACGAGUGGGAUUCUUUACUACUUCGAAUUCAAAAGCGGUGCACCCAUUCCCAAGACAAAAGUCUAUUUGCCUGUGAGACAUUAUGCACAAAAUGACGAUCAAGUUGCAAGAGGUUUGUCUGGGUUUCUGGACCGCAGAGGGAAGAAAUUGGCUACUGGACCUUACCUUGAAGGUGUACAAACGCUAUGGUGA